UAAUAAUAAUUUUUAGUUCUCGAGGUAAUAAAUCAUUUUCUUGAAAGAAAAAAAAGAAAGAUAAAAACAUCAUAGUUCAAAGUUUGAACAACCUUUGACCCUCUCUUUCAAUCAUUAGACCCAAAAAAACCAGUCCACCCAACUCAUCAAUUUUCCAAUCUUCCCUUAAACGACAUCGCUUAAACCCAUCUCUCACUUCUAGUCCACCCUCUUCUUCACUCCCUCAAAAAAAGCUGUUCUUUCUCGCUCUUAGCCUCUCUACUCUGCAACUUCAAUGGCUUCCAAAAAAUCUUAACUUCCAUUUUUUUACCCUCAAAAUCGCAAAAAAAUGUUUCCCCAUUUCUUUCUAACUUUCUCUCUCCUACUGACACUUUCUCUCUCCUUUGACGACGACGUAAAAUGCCUACAAGGGGUAAAAUCGUCAAUUUCCGACCCACAAAACCGCCUCUCAAACUGGCACUUCGACAACACUUCGGUCGAUUCAAUCUGCAAAUUUACCGGCGUUUCUUGCUGGAAUGAGAAAGAAGACCGUCUUCUCUCCCUACAACUGCCGGCGAUGUUUCUCGCCGGAAAAUUGCCGUCUUCGCUUCAAUUCUGCCGGAGUUUACAAACCCUAGAUUUUUCAGGCAAUCAAAUCUCCGGCGAAAUCCCACCUCAAAUCUGUGAUUGGUUGCCUUAUUUAGUAACCCUAGAUCUUUCCGGAAAUGAGCUAUCGGGUUCGAUUCCUACCCAGAUCGAAAAUUGUAAGUUUUUAAACAGUUUGAUUCUUAGUAAUAACAAGCUUUCUGGGUCUGUUCCUUUUGAGUUGGGUAGGUUAGAUAGGCUUAAGAAACUUUCCCUUGAUGGGAAUCAGUUAUCAGGUACUAUCCCAGAUGAGUUGGGUAAGUUUGGAAGAGAUGGGUUUAGUGGGAAUGAUGGGCUUUGUGGUAAUUUUGUUGGGUUGAAAUGUGGGAGGAGUAAUUUGAAGGUGGUUGUGAUUGGCGGAGUGAUUGGUGGUGGAGCCACAUUUAUGUUAGGGUUGAUGAUUUGGUGGUGGUGGUGUUGGGAUCAUAAGAAGAAGGAUGUUGUGGUGAUUGAUGAUGGGGAGAAAGGUGGGAAUUUUGUGGGUUGGGUUGGGAAAUUGGCUAUGAAUAAGGGUGUUCAGGUAGUCCUGUUUCAGAAGCCGAUUGUGAAGAUUCGGGUGGCGGAGCUGUUAGUGGCUACGAAUAGUUUUAGUGAUGAGCAGAUUGUUAAUUCAACGAAGACGGGUGUUUCGUACCAGGCGGUUCUGAGUGAUGGAUCGGCAUUGUUGAUUAAGAGGUUGAGAGGGUCUAGUAAGUUGAGUGAUAAGCAGUUUAGGUCGGAGGUUAAUCGGUUAGGGCAGCUGAGGCACCCAAAUUUGGUGCCUUUGUUGGGGUUUUGUUUGGUGGAGGAUGAGAAGUUGGUGAUAUAUAAGCAUAUGAGAAAUGGUAGCCUCCACUCACGGUUGUAUGGUGCGGGUGAUCAGGAUAGUGUGUUGGAUUGGCGAAUGAGGGUUAAGAUCAGUGUAGGGGCAGCACGAGGGUUAGCUUGGCUCCAUCAUGGCUGCCAACCUGCGAUCAAGCACCAAAAUAUAUGCUCGAACGUGAUUCUUCUUGAUGAUGAUUUCGAUGUUAGGAUCACGGAUGUUGGGUUAGUUAGGCUCAUGGGUAUGGGGAAUUCAAAUGGUAGUUCUGUUGCAAAUGGAGACUUUGGGGAGUUUGGUUAUGUACCACCUGAAUAUGCAAGCACAUUGGUGGCAUCGUUGAAGGGCGAUGUUUACGGGUUUGGAGUCAUCCUCUUGGAGCUGAUAACGGGUCAGAAGCCUCUUGAAGUUACUAAAGCUCAGGAAGGUUUUAAAGGGAGCUUGGUUCAUUGGGUGACUUAUCUAUCUAGCUCUGGUAGAAUUAAGGAUGCAAUUGAUAAGUUUUUGUGUGGAAAGGGUGAUGAGGAUGAAGUUAUGCAGUUGCUUCGAGUUGCUUGUUCAUGUGUUGCUUCGAGGCCUAAGGAUAGGCCUUCGAUGUUCCGGGUGUAUGAAUCCCUGAAGAACAUGGCUGAGAAUCAUGGUUUCCUAGAGCAUUAUGAUGAGUUUCCUUUGAUCUUGACUGAACAAGAUGUGGAUUAAAUUGGUGUAUAACAUGCUAUUCUCAUGGCUUGAUCCCACAUCAAGCAACUUCGUAUUUUUUUGGAUGUUAUCUUUGAGCUUUCAGGCCAGGGGGGUUUCCAGUUCCCUUUAUGUCUUCAUUGUUGAAAAAUUCCUGUAAAUUAGAAAUUUUUGUAUGUUAUUACCUUCUUUACUAUCAGGUUAUUAUUGUUAACUAA